UUCAUUACCUUUUCUUUCAGGACGCACCCUUCUCUCUUCUUCUCUCUUCUUCGGCUGUGCGUUGGAAGUACGCGGAUCAAGAAACAUGCAGAUCUUUGUGAAAACUCUUACUGGGAAAACUAUUACUCUUGAAGUUGAAAGUAGUGAUACCAUCGAUAAUGUUAAGGCUAAGAUUCAGGAUAAGGAAGGUAUCCCACCAGAUCAGCAGAGGUUGAUUUUUGCUGGUAAACAAUUGGAAGAUGGUCGUACCCUUGCUGAUUACAACAUCCAAAAGGAAUCAACCCUUCACUUGGUCUUGAGGCUUAGGGGAGGAACUAUGAUCAAGGUUAAGACACUUACUGGUAAAGAAAUUGAAAUUGAUAUUGAACCAACUGACACCAUUGAUAGAAUCAAGGAGCGUGUUGAGGAGAAGGAAGGCAUCCCUCCUGUUCAGCAGAGGCUUAUCUAUGCUGGAAAACAACUUGCUGAUGACAAAACUGCCAAAGACUACAACAUCGAAGGGGGUUCUGUUCUUCAUUUGGUCCUCGCCUUGAGGGGUGGUCUUUAAGGCUUUUUAUUUUUCAUAUGGGAAUGAUAUAUAUCAAAUUGUUCAGGGGAGUACUUGCAAACUAGCUUUGUUAUGUGUAGAUUUAUGUUUACUUGGUGGAAGAACAUGCUCCAAGGAAAACAUAUAUUUCUGUCAAUAAUUUUUUGGUUUUCAAUUGUUGUGUGUGGAUCUUAUAUUUCUUCUGUUGUGCAUUUUCCUCUCCA